GCCAGGGGAGGAGGGAAAUGUUCCUCCACCUCCAAGCCAGAGAAAAGGCUGUCCCAGCCACUGCACAGGGGAGAGGCAUUUCCCUACGGCACCAUGAGUGGCAGAGUUGGUGAUCUGAGCCCUCAGCAGGAGGAGGCGCUGGCCCAGUUCCGGAAAAAUGUCCAAGAUGUGCUGGGUGAACUGCGAAACCCCGAUGAUUAUUUCCUCCUUCGAUGGCUUCGAGCUCGCAACUUUGACCUGCAGAAGAGUGAGGCCAUGCUGCGGAAGCACGUGGAAUUCCGGAAGCAAGAGGACCUGGACAAUAUCCUGAAAUGGCAGCCCCCUGAGGUCCUCCAGUUAUAUGAUGCAGGUGGCUUUUGUGGUUACGACCGAGAGGGAUGCCCCAUAUGGCUCGACAUCACUGGCAACAUGGAUCCCAAGGGACUGAUUUAUUCUACCAGCAAAGAAGCCCUGAUCAAGAAACGCACCCAGAUCUUGGAGUUCCUCCUUCGAGAAUGUGAGCUACAGAGUGAGAAGUUGGGAAAGAAGAUUGAAACUUUCCUGAUGGUGUUUGACAUAGAGAAUCUGAGCCUCAAACAUCUUUGGAAGCCAGCUACAGAAGUCUACCAGGAGUUUUUCUCUAUACUUGACCAGAAUUUCCCUGAGACUGUCAAGAAUCUUAUUGUUGUGAAAGCCCCUAAACUCUUCCCUAUAGCUUUUAACCUUGUCAAGUCCUUCAUUUCGGAGGAAACGCGCAAGAAAAUUUUGAUUCUGGGAGCAAACUGGAAGGAGGAUUUGCAGAAAUUCAUAAACCCUGACCAGUUGCCUGUAGAGUAUGGUGGAAUCCUAAGAGACCCUGAUGGGAACCCCAAAUAUCUGACGAAGAUUAAAUAUGGCGGUGUGGUCCCCAAGAAAUACAUCUUACAGAAGCAGCUGAAAUUGCAGUACGAGCAUACAGUGUCUGUGAGUCGGGGCUCCUCGCACCAGGUGGAGUUUGAGAUCCUCUUCCCAGGCUGUGUCUUGAGGUGGCAGUUCAUGUUUGAGGGACCGGAUAUUGGCUUUGGGAUUUACUUAAAGACAAAGAUGGGCGAACGACAGAAAGCAAGGGAGAUGAUUGAAGUGCUGCCCAGCCAGAAGUUCAACUCCCCCCUGGUCUCUGAAGAUGGGUUUUUCAUCUGUUCCCAGCCGGGUGUCUAUGUCUUGAGGUUUGACAAUACCUACAGCUUGGUCUACUCCAAGGAGGUCAGCUACACAGUGGAAGUUCUACUCCCUGACAAAGGCUCUGAAGAGAAGAUUGAGAAACUCUAAGACCAGUCUGAUUGUGCCCACCAUUCUGCCCCUUCCAAUCUUAUGUCCACUACUUGGUUCUUACCUCUCACUGAUUUCAUGUUUGUCCUCUGGCUUGCAUUCUCCACUAAGGAGAAGGGCCAUAAGGCCACCUUUGACCAAGACACUGAUUAUGGAAGUUCUCCGUGAUGGUGGGGAGCUACCAAAGAGUGAGAUUGAGCCUGAGUUGCCAACUGCAUAGAGCUUGGUGGUGUGGCAUAUAAAAGAGUGGGUUGUCAUAAACUGUAAUAAUUAAAAUGGUUGAUGGCCAUAAACUGUAAGAGUUAAAAUGGUGGAAGACAUAAAUUGUAGUAGAUAUAAGAGUGGGUGAGUAAAUUUGACUGCAGGAAA